CUUCCUUCCCAGCAUGCUAGCUUCCGCCUCCAUUUUGUCGUCGUAUGUGCAAGCGACUACGGCAAACCUCCACAACUAUUUCUCCCUAGAGCAAGAUUCUUCGGCAAUGGACGGCAUUGUCAGUGAUGUUGGUGUUGGUGUGAAGAGAGGAUCAGACGAGCUUCUGUCAAGUAGUCUCUACAACAGUCCCAACUCUGGAAUGAGCAGUAUAAGCGACGGUACAUCCAACGGAAGUGACAGCAAGAAAUUCAAAGUGGAGGACGCGCCGCCAUCCCGUGUGCUCCACAUUCGGAAGCUUCCGAACGAGGCGACAGAGACUGAGGUCAUCGCCCUGGGGCUGCCCUUCGGCAAGGUCACCAACAUCCUCACGCUCAAGGGCAAAAACCAGGCAUUCCUGGAGAUGGGCACAGAGGAGGCGGCCGUCACCAUGGUGAACUACUACAUGGCGGUGACUCCACACGUGCGGAACGCCCCCGUCAUCAUACAGUACUCCACUCACAAGGAGCUCAAGACCGACGCAGGCAACCAGCGUGCCCAGGCGGUGCUGCAGGCGGUGUCGGCAGCGCAGGGGGGUGGCAUGCCCACGUCGGGCUCCGCGGCCAGCGAGAGCGCCCUGACUCCUGCGCCCAGCCCCGUGCUGCGCAUCAUCAUCGACAACAUGUUCUACCCCGUCACCCUGGACGUACUGCAGCAGAUCUUCUCCAAGUUUGGCACGGUGAUGAAGAUAAUCACGUUCACCAAGAACAAUCAGUUCCAGGCUCUACUGCAGUACAGCGACCCAGUCAACGCCCAGCAGGCCAAACUGGCCUUAGAUGGACAGAACAUCUACAAUGCCUGCUGCACACUGCGUAUUGACUUUUCCAAGCUGGUCAACCUCAAUGUCAAGUACAACAACGACAAGAGUCGGGACUACACGCGGCCAGAGCUCCCGGCAGGAGACGGCCAGCCCGGUGUCGACCCCUCCAUCGCCGCCGCCUUCAGCAAAGACUCGUCCUCGCUGCUCGGUAAGAUCCCAGGUGCCAUGAACCCGCUGAGUGCUGCGGCGGCUGCGGCGGCGGCAGCUGGAAGGGUGGCACUAGGCCACUCGGGCUCCGGAGGAGUCCUCCUGGCCAGCAACCUCAACGAAGAGACGGUUACGCCCCAAAGUCUCUUUACCCUCUUCGGCGUGUAUGGGGAUGUGCAGAGGGUGAAAAUCCUCUACAAUAAGAAAGACAGCGCCUUGAUCCAGAUGGCAGAUGCUAAUCAGGCCCAGCUUGCCAUGAGCCACCUGAACGGUCAGAAGAUGUACAACAAGAUCAUGCGGGUCACCUCGUCCAAGCACCAGACGGUCCAGUUGCCUCGGGAGGGACUGGACGACCAAGGGCUCACCAAGGACUUCACCAACUCGCCCCUGCACCGCUUCAAGAAGCCCGGCUCCAAGAACUUCCAGAACAUCUUCCCGCCCUCCGCCACCUUGCAUCUGUCCAACAUCCCUGAAGACAUUACGGAGGAUGACCUUCGAGUCCUGUUCUCCAACUCGGGCGGCACGGUGAAAGCCUUCAAGUUUUUCCAGGAUCACAAAAUGGCGCUUCUCCAGAUGACCUCUGUUGAAGAGGCAAUUCAGUGCCUCAUUGACCUCCACAACUACAACAUGGGCAAGAACCACCAUCUUCGAGUCUCCUUCUCCAAAUCUACCAUCUGAGAGCUAUGUCCUCUCCUCCAUGCGAACACGCAUCAGCAAUUUUGUUGUUUUUUUCUCCUUGUAUUUUUGUUGACUUUCACUUUGAUCCUUGGGACCACAUGCAUAACAUUGUUUCUUUUUUUUUCAUUUAAGAUGCACAAUCAUUCCUUUAUAAUGUGGAUUGAAGCAUUAAUUUCUCAUACCGUCAGAAAGAUGGACUGAGUGAAAGUUUCAUGAAGGUCUCUGUAUUUUUCCAAUGAUAACCAUGACAUGUUUAUGUUCUAUAGAUCAUUUAUCUUUUUAAUUUGUUCACGUAAAGAAAGAAUGGUAGAAACUGGUUCUUUCCGGUUUCAUUUUCUGAUUAACAAGAAAACAAAAACGAUGUGCCUUACUUGACAAGACAAGUUUAAACUCUCCAAUACAUCCACAUACAUAUUCACUGAACACAACUGAGGGGCACAUUGGUUUCUGCUGUUACAUGUGAAUGUGAAAUGGGGGAGUGGAUGUAAGGUAUGAUUGUAUGCUCUGCUCAUGAUUAGUGGUCAGGUUAUUGCUGUUUGUUUUCUUUCUGUCUUUGGCUUUCUCACAAUUGUUCUUGGUUGGUAAUGCCUGACCAUGCUGAAAUGAUCAUUAGCGAGUUCAUAGAUGAGCUCUGCUCAGACCAUGCUUUUUCACAGAGGGCUCAACAAUUUCAACAACCAAAGCUUUUUUAGUAGUCCUCUCCAAUCAGCAGACUUAAUUUAAGCGCCUUGAAAACUGAUCCUACACCUACCCCCAUCAACCCUACAUGGCUAAGAGUGAAGUGUAAAAAUGUCUUUGUGAUCGAGGAUGCUCUUGCAGAUUAUGUUCUUAGCGAGACAUUUGUAUAUCUUUUUUUCCCUAGAUAAAGCGUAAGAGUUUUCUUUCUCCUAACAUGCAUGUGUGAACUAGUGUAGCUAGGUAAAGAAUUGUAAACACUAGGCAUUUGCAUGCACUUUAGAAGCGAAACUUAAAUGAGCCGUGUUAUUUUUAUUUUAGGUUUUUUUUCCCUCUGUGUUUGACAGUUGGGAGGGAUUCUUGGGAGGGACCAAAACCUUUGUGCCUUCAGUCUUAAUUUCCACAGUAAAUAAUGGAUAUUGUUUUGUAUUUAUGGAGGAAUAUGUAAGUGCAAGAUUGGAAUAUUGUAUAAAUGUGUACGGUUAAAUGUGAUGAAACUUUUUUUUCUCCCCUGAAGAUGUUGCCGUACCUAUUUAGGAACUAAUGUUAUUAAUUGAUUUAAUUGUGUCUACGAAAAAAGAAAAGGAAAAAAAACAAAACCGAAGAAAAGCCAUUUAUAUUUUCUAUAUUGACUUUUUAUUUCUUUAGUAAUGUAAGAUUCGGUUUAGUCUGACCAUGGCACAAUUAAAAGUGGAUUUUUCUAACAAA